AAGCAAGAAGCAAGGUGGCCACAAUGGGGGCCAGGAUGCCCUUCUUCCUCUUCCUGACUCUCCUGGGCAGCUCACAGGGAACAGGGCCAGGAAUGACUUUGCAGCUGAAGCUGAAGGACUCCUUUCUAACAAAUUUCUCCUAUGAGUCCAGCUUCCUGGAAUUGCUCGAGAAGCUCUGCCUCCUCCUUCACCUCCCAUCAGGGACCAACGUCACCCUCCAUCAUGCAGGAUCCCCACGCUAUGUCAUCUGCAAAGUCUGA